UGACAUUGUGUACAUAUUUGAUUACAAUUGUGUUAAAGUGUUGUAUUAUUGUUAUUUUUGAUUGUCAAGUGUAAAGACGCUCUACAAACUAUGUUUGUGAAAGCAUUUAAUUAAAUUCAAUAAAAAGUGUCGUGAAAUAACAAUAUUAACUAUGGCUCAAUCUGAAGACACAGAACUACGUGACUUAGUGGUCGAAGCGUUAGAGAAGAACGGAUCACUUGCCAAAAUACGCGCUUUACUGAGAGCAAACAUUUUCCUAGUUUUUGAAGAUGAAUGUGAAAACAUUAAACAAAACGUUAGUUUGGACAGUAUAUUGAAGUUACCCGAAGGUAUCUUCUGUCUUUCCUUAAUUCAUGAAUUUCUUGAAUAUUGUAAUCUGAAAAACACGUUGUUUGUUUAUAUGUCAGAAUCACGUCAAGGAAAAGAGUAUAGUUACGAGGGAACUAAAUUGUUGCUGGAAAAAUUGAAACUAAAACGUAACAAUAAUAAAGAACCUGUUUUAGUUACUCUAAUUAAAAAUGUUUUCCAACAACAGACAAAAACUUUUGGGCAUAAUGAGAGGCAUGUUAAGAGAAACGAAAACACUUUAAAAGAUGAACAAAAUAACACAUAUAUUGUACAUGAAGAUUCUACUACAAGUUUGAGCAAUUCCACCUCAGAUAAUUCUUCUGACGAAAAAAAUAAGCUGCAUUUACGAUUACAGCUCGAUAAUUCAGAUACUGAUACUUCAAGUGACUCCACAAGAGGAAAAACAAGUUCAGAAUAUAUUCCAAGAGUACCUUGCCCUGAAGAGAAGACAGAUGUGGAUACUGCAAAACAUUCUACACAACAACCAGAUAUUCAAACACCUUCUAAAACAAAUCUUAGUAAUUAUAACAAUAAUAAAAAUGAAACAACAAAAUCGGAAAGUUCAGGGAAAGAUUUAACCGAAUAUAGCUUAGACUUUACAUCGCCAGCUUCUGUCAAAAAGGAAUCCGUAAGUAAUGAUAAGUCAUCCGAGUCAAUACAUAAUCAAUCACUUGAUUACAGCCCAAAGAUACAAGAGGACUUUGAUCAAAAGUCCAUAACAACACCAGAUUCUAUUUCCACAUCGGAUGUGGCUGAUAUCUUAAGUGACAAAAGUAAUUCUUCUCAUCACAAAAACAUUGAUAAAAAUUCAACAUACAGUAAUAAAUCUAAAUCAAUAUCAAAUUAUUCAAAGAAAAGUUUUCAUGAUAGUAUUAAAUUGCUCGAUGAUGAUUUUGGUGAUUUUUCCGAGUCCCCAAUUCCAUCUCUGUCUAAUCUCAGUCUGGACAUUCAUAGUGAUUAGCCAGAAAAUAAUUAUCAGUUUAUUUUUAAUUAUCUUAUGGUAUUACGGUUUUAUUUUGUAUUGUUUGAUGGAAUUAG